AUGUACGUGGAUGAUUAUGGCAAGCAUUACCGUGACAUUUGUGAGGAGCCAAGGAACCCGAAUCAUCCUGUUUAUUAUUGUCAGGAAUGUAAGGUUGUCAUUGUUCAUAACGAAUAUGUGAACUACGAGUGUAACGGAGAACAGCUUGCAAUUGGGAAUUUCCAUGCACAAGAGCAUGAUGCAGCGAAAGGGUGUAACCUAGAACAGCCUGUAAUUGCUGAAAUAGCUGAAGAAAUUGAUGAAGAUCUUCAGCUGGAGAUUAAGUAA